AUGGGAGUGAUGAAGAAGUGGACGUCUCUGAAGAAGAAGAGGCAGCAGAAAGAGGAAGGUGAAGUGAUGGCCAAAGAAACACAGACAUGGCAACGACUAAGGAAUAUGUUUUCAACGUCGUCUCCAUCUUUAAAGUGGAAAAGAGUAGAGAUAUUGCACACGGAGAUCGUGGACGGAGUGGUUUACAACGUGAUGUAUGUAGUGGAAGCUGUCGUUCUAGUUUCAACUCUCUGUUUCUUCUACCUCUGUUGUGGAUGCCACAUCUGA